AAUAAUAAUAAUAAUUAGAACCGCCAUUAUACUAACCACAUGACUUCACAAUUUGCUGUCACAUAGGAGUCUCUAGCUCAGCAGUACAACUCAGCAAAGAAUCAAUCAUACUAACAAGCUAUUUUAUUAAUACACCUAAUAAUAUUAUCCUUCUCCAUCUUUAGCUGCUACAGCUGACCCAUCCUUUGAUUCUUCAGCUGAUGCAGCUGAUGUAUGCUGCAUUAUUUGAGUUUAAGUCAACGAAGAUGCCCUUAGUCCCAUCUGGGUUCGCUUUGGCAUUUACUCGGGCCUCUGGUAACUCGGAAUUCAUGUUACUGCCAGAUCUACAACCUGGCUUGGCUUUAAUGGCUGUAGGGUCUGUGGUUCAGAUGUGGUGGUAAAGCAAGGUAAGGGGAGGGGGUAAAGAGGGGUUUUGGAUCUGUGAGACUCGUGGUGGUUUAGCUGGGGCCUGGGAAGUGAAGUCAUGGGGGUUGAGGGCGGACAGACAUGGCUUCGGUUCUUUCACGAGCUCAGAUGUGAUCUGUUAAUCAAUCUACCAGACAUCUAAGUUAUACAAGCAAAAAGAUUAAUUCACUAAGAAGAAACGCAUGGAGGCGACACCAUCAUCGCCGGAGGUGGAUAAAGGAAGCUCUGAGCUCGAGAGUGUGCUAUCGGACACCGAAUUACCUUACUUGAGACGUUUCCAAUUGGCCUCAUGGAUCGAACUUAAGCUUAUGUUUAGACUUGCUGCGCCGGCAGUGGCGGUUUAUUUGAUCAACACCACCUUGUCCAUGUCAACUCGGAUCUUCUCCGGCCAUCUUGGCACCCUUGAGCUCGCCGCUGCCACUCUUGGAAGCCUCAUCCAAUUGUUUUCUUACGGCCUCAUGCUUGGAAUGGGUAGUGCAUUGGAGACUUUAUGUGGCCAAGCUUAUGGAGCCCAUAAGCAUGAAAUGCUUGGAAUCUAUCUCCAAAGAGCAAUGAUUGUUCUCACUUUGACCAGCUUCCCACUCAUCAUAUUCUACGUCUUCUCCAAGCAAAUCCUACUCUUACUCGGCGAACCAACGGCGGUGGCGUCGGCAUCAGCAGUUUUUGUCUACGGCAUCAUCCCACAGAUAUUUGCCUACGCGAUCAACUUCCCCGUACAAAAAUUCUUACAAGCACAAAGCAUUGUGGGCCCAAGUGCCUAUAUUUCAUUGGCUACGCUUGUGGUGCACCUAUUAUUAAGUUGGAUUGUCGUUUAUCGGGUUGGGUUUGGAUUGAUAGGUGCAUCACUGGUGUUGAGCUUGUCUUGGUGGAUCAUAGCAUUGGCCCAAUUUUUAUACAUAUUGUUGAGUGACACGUGUAAGGCCACGUGGACCGGGUUUCGAUUAGAGGCUUUUUCUGGACUUUGGGAGUUCGUGAAACUAUCAGCUGCAUCAGCAGUGAUGCUAUGCUUGGAGGUAUGGUACUUCCAGAUACUGAUUUUGAUUUCAGGGUUGCUUAAAAACCCUGAGCUUGCCUUGGAUUCCAUCUCUGUAUGCUCAUCAAUAAACUCGCUGUUGUUCAUGAUUUCAGUUGGGUUCAAUGCAGCUGCUAGUGUGAGGGUUGGCAAUGAGCUUGGAGCAGGAAACCCUAAGUCUGCAGCAUUCUCGAUUUUCAUGGUGAAUCUUGUUUCCUUCAUUAUAGCCGUGGUGGAAGCCAUAAUUGUUCUAUCCUUUCGCCAUGUUAUUAGCUAUGCCUUCACCGGCAGUGAAGUCGUGGCCAUCGCCGUGUCCGAGCUCUGUCCAUUCUUGGCAGUCACUCUCAUUCUCAAUGGAAUCCAACCAGUCUUGUCCGGUAAGGGCUUCUCAACGACUUUACCGUGAUGCAUGGAGAAAUAAACUUUAUCAACAUCGAUGUAACGACCUUAUUGAUAUCACCUUACGGCUGUUAUAAGUUUUUAUACUUAAUCCCCAAUAAAUACACUCUAAGUUAUUGUAGUCCGAGUUGCAAUCGCUUUAAUUUGGUCCUUAAAAUAAUAAAUUUAAGUUUAUGAGGUACCAAAUCUAACAUCGUCCAAAUUUUUUGUGGGAUUAGACUAGUUUAUGCUAACGUAACCUUAAUAGAUGCCUUUCGUUUAGGCUCAGUAAGUGGUCUAAUUCCAUCAGAAAUUAGGAUGAUGUUAGAUUUGGGGGACUUGGAAUCACAUAAACUCCUCAAAAGGACAAAUUUUGACACAGUAUUUUUUUUUUUUACAUUGCAUAAUAAUCCAUUACUCACCACGUUUCAGAGCAGCAAAAACUUUUUGUUUCUAAACUCUCACUCUAUUUUUAAGCAUGCUCAUAUAAUUUAAACCUCGUUCAUAAAUUGAAGGUGUGGCUGUUGGGUGUGGAUGGCAAACAUUCGUUGCAUACGUAAAUGUGGGUUGUUACUAUGUGGUAGGAAUUCCACUGGGUUGUCUCCUUGGCUUUAAGUUCGACCUUGGUGCUAAGGGCAUAUGGUCGGGGAUAAUUGGAGGAACCAUGAUGCAAACCAUCAUUUUACUCUGGGUGACAUUUCGUGCGGACUGGCAUAAAGAGGUGGAGAAAGCUAGGAAUCGUUUGGACAAAUGGGAGUUGAUGCAGGGAAGCACAGGCUUAGAGUAGGAAUUUAAACCGGUAUCUGUGCGCAAAUCAAAAGAUAAUUUUCGUUAUCCCUUUUCGUUCAUAAUACCAUUAUUUUUUGUGUAAACCAUCCGAUAUCCGGCAACUAUGAUGGACUCCGUCUAAUUCGGAUUCAAGCUGGGUAAGACUACAAGGGUGGCAAAGUUCUCCUUACCGAGUAUUUAAAUGCAACUACAUUCCUAAAAUCUCGAACCGAGGGCUUUAGUUAA